AGUAUACUUAGUCCUCAAUGGAAGAUUCAUGGCUCGCACAUGGUCACUCGGCUUCCUCUGGCCUCUUCUUUCAGAUGCUUCUAUAAAGAUAAGCUAGAUUCCGAUUCUAAGAAAAUUCGUGUGGCGGCGUUUGACAUGGACGAUACGUUGAUUUGCACGAAAUCGGGGAUCAAGUUUGGCCGGGGCCCUUACGACUGGAAGUGGCGUAAUGAUCAAAUUCUUCCGGCGCUUCAGAAGAAGGUGAAGGACAAAAACAUGGUGCUUGUCAUCUUCACGAACCAAAGCGCCGUCUCUGUGACUGAGCUGCUUGCGCCACACUCGAAAUCUUAUAAGAAUUUGUCUUUGAAGGUGGGGCUCAUAUCCAAAGCACUUGAAACAGGUAUUGGUCCGACACCGGUUCUUUUCUUCGCGUCCACGGGGAGACCGAGACAGGGGGUAUUAGCUCGGAGCUCGUUGGAGACCCAUUUCAGCCACAAAAAGCCCGAACUGGGCAUGUGGUCAGAGUUGGAACGGUAUAUAAGGAGGUGUUUCGGCGAAGAAUAUUCGGUCGACUUGGAUCUCAGUUACUUUGUGGGGGAUGCCGCAGGGCGGGACGGCGACCACCUGGCGGCUGAUAAGGGCUUUGCUGAAAACGCCGGUGUGCCGUUUUUCGUUCCAGAAGAUUACUUC